CGGUGUGAAUUCUUGUUUACUUGUUACGCGUAUGUGCCAAGUAUGGUGCUCUUCUAGGGCAAGCCCUUCAAUUCAACGAAAACGUUUAUUUCGCUGAAACAACGUUAACGGCUAAUUCUGCGAAUAUUGAAAUAAUAUGAAAUCGUAUGAAUCUUUCCCCAAAUCCAUAAUAAAUCAUGAGCUCAGGUAGACCGAUAAAAUGUGUGGUAGUAGGGGAUGGAACAGUAGGAAAAACUUGCAUGUUAAUAUCAUACACAACAGAUAGUUUUCCUGGAGAAUAUGUACCUACUGUGUUUGACAACUAUUCUGCGCCCAUGGUUGUUGAUGGAAUUCCAGUCAGUCUAGGAUUAUGGGACACAGCAGGACAAGAAGACUAUGACAGACUUCGUCCUCUCUCUUAUCCUCAGACAGAUGUAUUUCUAAUUUGUUUCUCAGUAACAAGUCCUUCAUCGUUUGAAAAUGUAACCAGUAAAUGGUAUCCUGAAAUAAAACACCACUGCCCAGAUGCACCAAUGAUACUUGUUGGGACUAAAAUAGAUCUACGAGAUGAUCGUGAAACGCUUACUGCCUUAGCCGAGCAAGGUCUUAGUGCCAUUAAGCGUGAACAGGGACAAAAGCUGGCAAAUAAGAUUCGUGCGGUUAAAUACAUGGAGUGCUCCGCUCUCACGCAACGUGGAUUGAAGCAGGUAUUCGACGAAGCGGUGCGUGCCGUUCUGAGACCCGAGCCGCAAAAACGCCGACAAAGAAGAUGCAUUAUGUUAUAAAUGAUGAAAAGAAUUGAAAGGAAUCUCAGCAUAGGUAAACACAUAUAUAAAGCAACAGAUCAAAAUGGAUUUGAUCAUUGAACGCGAAAAGGAAAUAUGAAUGUUUUAAAGAGAAAAUAAUAGCGCGUGCAUUUUAAUGAAUUAUUCUGGCAGCUAUAGAAUAUACCGCAUUACAGAAAGAGUACAAUUUAUAACUUCCUGGUCUCUCAGUGCGAGUCGUGAUGCCGAAUCACAACUAGAAAGUUUAGACAACGAGAAAGUAAGAAAAUAGAAUAACUGUUUAACAGCAUUUGCAGGAGGAAGUUCAUUGCAAGCUUGCAAAUGUCCUUCCUUGAACUUAUAUUUAUGGAUGUAUUGCAUGUUGAUAAAAAGAAGUGUGACCGCGGUAACGUGCAGCCGAUAUUGUAGUAGAAAAUGGCUCAUGACACCUUUUUUUUUGUAUUUUACGAGACUUUGUUAAUUAAUGUUGCAGUCCUGCAAAUUGAUGAUAAUACAGUGUAAAUGUGCUGUGAUGAUUAAAAGCAUUAAGUACCCGAAGCUUUACUUAUCAGGGCUGCCAGAUUUUCGACUUUUUACAUUUAUGGUAUAGUAAGAAUAUUGAUUUUAAUACAUACAACGUGGUAGUUACUAUACAAUCAUACUGAAAAGUUUUACAACAUGUAAAACAACAUUAUAGAACUACUUAAACAUACAGUGCCAUAGCAACGAAAAAUCAAAUAAAUGUCGCAAGCACAUUUAAUCAAUCAGUUCUAGACAAUAUAUGUGUACAUUUUACUAAAAAUUAAUCUUGGAAAUUCUAUAUAUGUGAAAAUUAAAAAAGAAAUAUUUUAUAAAUACAAAAAAUUGAAGUAUAUAAUGUUUUUACACAAAAGUAGUAUGUUUGUCAUUUUCCAUUUUUUAAAGUUAUUUAAUAUUUUUAUUUUGAUUAAUAUUUUCGAUAAGAAAUAUAUGAUAUGCAUACAGGAUACUGCCAUAAAAUAAUAUAACACAACACUUUCAUAGUAUUCCUUGUAUUGCUAGAGAAGAGUUGUGAGAAUUACAUGAGUUUCUCAAAUUUAAUAAUUAUACAUUGGAUACUUUAUUGUCUAGAAUUGCAAUAUUCUUUUCAUGGAAUGAAAGGAAUAAUAAUAUGCUAUGCUUGUAUAUUAGUAUUUAUUUUCACUCUCAUGUGAAUCUCUAAAGAAUGUUUUUAUAUGAUUUUAUUGGAAUAUUUGAGUAUAUUAUUUUUUGUCUAUAAUGAUUGUAUUAUUUCUUUGUGCUUGCAAUAUUAUUCAAUUUAUUGCAUUAGUGCAAUUUUACUACUGAUAUUUUAAUUUUUUUAUAGAAACCGAGCAUCCUUUGCAAAAAUAAUAAUCAAAAAGGUAUAUCAGUUGAAUAGUGACACGAAAUGCCAGUGGCAAAUAUACAGUAAAUAAUGCAAAGUCCACUUAAAUUGAAAUAUUACAAAUAUAGCACAAUGUAUUUUCCUAAAUACUACAAUAUAUUUCACACUCUUCCAUUUAUUUGUAUGAGAAUUAUUUACAUAUAAAAAUUAUAACAAAUUAUAUAGUAUCAUAAUUUAGAAGAAUAGAUCAGUAUCUUGUACAAAUAAGUGAUCUAUUGCUAUAAAGCUGCUCAUAUCAUUGUCUCUAAUUCAUUAUCUUAUUAAUCAAUUAAUUGUAAUUGCAAUUGUUCUAUUUCAAUCCAGCUAAAAAAUCAGAUUUUAUUGCCAUAAAUAUUAUAUGCUCUCUAAAGAUUCAAUAGUAAGAUAGAUAAUACGGAUAUUUACCCUCUUGUGAUCAUGCUAUUUUUUAUAUUCAAAAGCUUAGGAUAAAAGAAAGAUAGGACCUUUGUGCCAUAUAUUUUCCAUUAUAUUAUACUUCAUAUCCAAGAAAUAAAUUGCUGAAUAAUUUUUAUAGUUUCUGAAUCAGAAAAGUUUUUUGCAUUAUAAUACAAAAAAGUUUAAAAGAGAACAAAUUGUUUUAUUAAAAACAAAAAGUAAUUAUCGAAAAAUAAAAAACAUGGACUCUUAUAAUAUACAUCACAAAUAUCAACUGGUUUGUAAAGCACAAAUCUCGCGAGUACUUAAAAAUACUCGGUGAUUAUUAAAAUUAUUGCUUUAAUUGUUCUAAUGUUAAAGCUCUAUAAGAACUGAGCACACACGAUGAAGUAUUACUGCUUAUUAGCUGUACAUAAUAGAAUAGUAUAGAAGCAUAUUCUAAAUUUCGGUUGAACCUGUAUUUUACCAAAGCAUAAUUCCAAGUUUUUCCUACUUCUGAUACCUUUUUAUAUAUGCGCCAAUAGGUCUUAUCGUGGAUAAAUCGAUUGAUAAUUAAAAUAUAGACGAACAAACAGGUGAAGUAAUAACUGUGCAUUGUUUGAGAUUUAAUGUCUGAAAAAGAGAGAGAGAACACAAUUAUCAGUCCGAUAAUUGUAUGUAAUUUAUAAUAUUUAAUACUUUUACUUUUUUUUAGUGAAUUUAUAUUUCACGUAAAAGUAUUUCCCCUAAAUUAAUAACAUACAUCUUAAACGAUUGAAAGAGAUCAAAUUCCUCUUUUCUUUUAUUACAAUCUAAGAUAGUUAAAAUUUUUCAUAUAUAAAUCUAUACUUACAUGUGUAUAAUAAUGUAUUAGUUAUGCACAAUAAUAUACUACAAUUAUGUAUUUUAAAAAAUAACGUUAUGCAUAGAUAAUAUGCAUCUUUUGUAAGUAGUGCAUUUACUUUACAAAUUUUAGGUACUUAUCAUGUUAGUGCUUUUAUGUUGGUACUGUCAAUUUGCAAAUCUGCAAACAGCAUCGCUUUUUAUAACAGCAGUAUUCGACAAUUUUAGUCUGAUCUCAUAUGUAGUUUUUGUACAAGACGUUUAACAUUGUACUUCUCAUGGUUUUUGGUCACUCGGAUAUUAAGUAAAAUUAGUUACAAAAUUUGUAACAUACAACUAAUAAUAAUAACAUUUUACUAACAGGAAUUGAUUGACAUCGAUAUAGUAUGUGCGUCGUUUCUAUUUCUUAACAAUGACCUUUAAUUUGUAUAUGUAACAGUAUAAUGAAAUUUAUAUUACACUACUUACAAUUUCUGCAUUUAUAAUAGAGAUCAUAAGAUGCGAAUUACUUUGUAAUCUUUCCUCUUUUUAACAAGAUUAUUGAGGGAUGCUGUAAACCAAAGUUAUGUAUUACGAUUUAAGAUAAUAUCUACAUUUUUUUAUUAUGAACUAUUGCACAUAAGUAUACAAAGAAUGAAUAUAUGAAAUGUAAAAAUAUUCUAGUCACCAUAAAUCUGCUUCUAAUGUUUAUUUGUGUACGUGAAUAAUGCUCUGAAAUUGCGUAUAUGCAAGGUAUAAUCCUUAAACGGAGAAGUUUAAACAUAUGAAUGAGUGAAAAAUGAAAUGAAAAUAAAAAGAAAAAGGGAUAUGAAAGUAUAAGAUGCAACUUAAUAUUGUCAAUUUAGGUAGAAUGCAAGACAACCAAAUGAUGGGAGUAGAAAUUCUAUAGAAAUUACAAAUGUAUGUACAUGUGCUAGGAUGUAACAUUAAUUAUGAGUAAUUUAUAAACAUUUGUCUCUAUUUUCAUAAAACUUCCAUAAAAUUUAUUAUUUAUGGAUUGAAAAGGCAGCAUAAGAGAGCAUAUUAUCAUUUUUGCAAAUAUACCUUACAUCUAUGUGUUUAUAUUUUAUAAAACUAAUAUACUUUUGUAAAAUUACUUUAUAAUUGAAGAAAUGAAAACGUUUUUUACAAAAAAAAUGUUUUUAUAAUGUGUUUAUGAUGUAUCUUUAAUGUUUAAUGCGCUCUUUUGCUGUCGAUAUGAUAGCGAAACAGUAAGAAAUAGUGGCCUCGAAAUUAAAGUUUUGAUUAUCCCGUUUUCUUAUUAAAAUUACAAUUAACAAUAAUAACUACAAUGUGAGUAACAUGACUACAUAAACGCAUAUUCUAUAUGGCACUAGGAAGCAUUUAUUUUUUAUUUAUAUGUAUUUUGAAAACAACUUUUUCAAAUAAACAAUAAAAUAAAAUAACUACAAAA